AUGGCUCAAGAAGUUCCAACUUUCAAGCUCGUUCUCGUCGGUGAUGGUGGUACUGGUAAGACCACUUUCGUCAAGCGUCAUUUGACUGGUGAAUUUGAAAAGAAGUACAUUGCCACCUUGGGUGUUGAAGUCCACCCAUUGGCUUUCUUCACCAACUUUGGUGAGAUUAAGUUCGAUGUUUGGGAUACUGCUGGCCAAGAGAAGUUUGGUGGUUUGAGAGAUGGUUACUACAUCAACGGUCAAUGUGGUAUCAUCAUGUUCGAUGUUACCUCCCGUAUCACCUACAAGAACGUUCCAAACUGGCACAGAGAUUUGGUCCGUGUCUGUGAAAACAUCCCAAUCGUCCUCUGUGGUAACAAGGUUGAUGUUAAGGAGCGUAAAGUUAAGGCUAAGACCAUCACUUUCCACAGAAAGAAGAACUUGCAAUACUACGAUAUCUCAGCUAAGUCCAACUAUAACUUUGAGAAGCCAUUCUUGUGGUUGGCUAGAAAGCUUGUUGGUAACCCACAAUUGGAGUUCGUUGCUGCUCCAGCCUUGGCUCCACCUGAGGUUCAAGUUGACGCCCAAUUGAUGGCUCAAUACCAACAAGAAAUGGAUGCCGCCACCGCCAUGCCAUUGCCAGAUGAAGAUGACGCCGACUUGUAA